CCAUAAAAACAGUCCCUCCGAAUUUUUGUUGUUGUUGUCGUUGUUUGUUGAAAGGGUGUCUAUUAUAGUUACUCCCAUUCUUGUUGCAACUCGAAUCACAAGUGUUCGCAGAGAAGUGAAGACCAAAGACGAGAACGCAGGCGUUGCAUGCAAUGCAGCAGUGAUUGCGAGAAAGCACACAGAGACGCACAGAGACGCACAGCGACACACAGCGACACACGCCCGACACCUGAAUCAACCAUACUAUUGGGCAACACCAACCACCCGGCUUCUUUGUCACUGAAAAGCGGUAGAUACAGUGUUCAGCAGCCAGGAGGAAGAAAGAAGAACCCGACGAAGAAGCAACGGGUGACGAUCCAACGCAACGCAAUUGCAAACGCAAACGCAGACGCAAACGCAAAGCAAGGACCCACCAUGAGCGGAAGCAUCGGAACCACCCCGCGCGGUGGCCAUUUGUCCUCCUCGAAAGCCCCUCCCGCCAACAGCGCGGCUGUUUCCGUGGCAUCCGUGCACUUCAAGGCGCGGUGCGAGCGAUUGGGACACGGAGAAGACGUCUACCUGGUCCCCCUCGAGGAGGACGAUGCUUGCGGUGCGAGCCCCGCUGCCUCGUCGUCUUCUCCCCCGCCCCCCUCUCCGACGAGCCGCAACAAGGUGCGUGCGUCUCGAUUCACUGGUUGGUUUUUUUUUUUGAGAUUCAGCGAUUUGUGGAUUGGUCGAUUGGUGGAUUCAUUCACAGAUUGAUCGAUUGGUCAGUUGGUCGAUUGAAUUCGUCCGUCCACUGGUCAAUCGGUUGGUCGAUUCCAUGGUUUGGAUCCUUUUGUGUACGACACAGACAAAGAAACAGAACCCUGUGGUGAAGUUCCGACCCAGAAAGAGAAACGCAACCCAAACACGAAACACAUUUGAAUCGAUCUUUUUCGACGCGUAUGUUGUUUCUGCUGUGCUGUGCUGUGCUGUGCUGUGCUGCUCUGUGUUUCGUGACGCUACAGUGGCCUUGAUUCCUCUCAAAUUGAUUUGUUUUUGUUUCUCUUCUCUACGCUUUCUGUGCGUUGUGUGUUUGUACUCUUUGAUGCAAUACCGACAAAACAAAACACAGAUGAUUCCUCUCUACACAACGGCUACUAGCUUUCCCUGGUACAGCACGCUCCAAUCCCUGGCCAUGACGGUGGUGAGGCCGAAGCCCCUCUCGCUCGGCGGCCAGGCCAGCCUCUUUGGGAGCGGCGCGGCCAGCACCAACAUGAUCGACAGCACCAACCGGGGGGAAUUCCGCUACCGGUACGCCAUCUUUCGAGCCGGUGUCUUUCACCGCUGGGAAUGCGCGGACGACGAAAACUUUGUCUCGACCAGCAACACGGAGGACCAGAUCACCUGCCAGAACACCUCGAGCAACACCAACGCGAGCGUGAGCGCAAACCCGAACGCAAACCCGAACGCAAACGCAAACGCGGCCAUGGAGGUAGAGCCCGAAUCCGAACCGGAUCCGUCCCCCGCCACCGAUGGAAGCGCCUGUGCAUCCCCCGAAACCAACAACUACCACGCGCUCCCCCUCAAGUUCUUGCUGCCGGGGGAAACCUACGUCGUAAACGACGUCCUGGGAAAGCGCAAGGGGCAGAAGCCCGACAUUUACCACAAGCGGCCCACCACCUCGGAAUGGGGAUCCUCCUCCUCCUCUUCGGCGUCCCGGUACGUCGGUGUGGAAGGGAGUGGGGCCUGCACCGGAGAGCGGGCGGGCCUGGAAACAGGAGCCUCCGGAGAACCACACAAACCCGCCAACCCGCCGGGCGGCACGACUCCCAAGAAAAAGACGGUCGGCUUUGCCGAGAUGCCGUCCCCCUUUCGGCGUCCCACCCAGCCGCUCUCGGCCGAGGCGGGAGCGGCGGGCAGCCCCUCGAAAGAACGACGCAACCGCCUUGGGGAACCCGUCCAGCUCAACGCGACGGACGGCCUGGUGGUGGUCAGCGCCUUCCUGCCGGUGGUCGUCCACCGGGACGAAACAAGCGCCGUCCCCAAGUGGACGGCCGACUGGGACUACGAAGCCCUACUCAGCAUGCAGACCCACCUCAGGGUAACAAGGGUGGGAGUCGUCAAGUGGAAGGGCUGGCACGGAAACUACCGGCAGCAGCAGCAGACCGCGCGAUCGGAGGAAGACGGAAGCGGCCACCAGGCGUCGGAGCACUACGGGGUGCCCAUCGACGAGCGGCACCUCGUAGAGGAGUGCCUACGGCCCUUUCACUGCGUCCCGGUCUGGAUCGAUCCGCUGAUCUUUGGUGAAAUGUGAGUGUGCAUUGUCUUCAACGGAAAACAAUCGAAUCGAAUCGAAUCGAAUCGAAUCGAUGGAACGACACGGAAUGCGAGGUCGGAUCCUUCGGUCUGCAGUGCGGAAAUAGGGUGAAACGCAAGGAUUCUCACGUUUCUUUGUUUCCUUCGAUGGUUUUUUUGGUCUGCAAUCUCUCCCUCUCUCUCUCUUACGUCCAAACAUGAAAUCCCCUGCCCCCUUGUUUCCAUGCAAUGCAAUACAACGCAACGAACGUACGAUUCACGUUUGCCAGGUACAAUGGAUUCUGCAAGGGAAUCUUGUGGCCGGUCCUCCACAACGUCACCUCCGUCUAUGCUUCCCACGCCGCAAAGGACGACGCGGAUGCCUGCAUCGGCGACCCCAACCAGGACGGGGAACAAUUUUCGGAAGUCUGCCGAGACGACGUCGAACAGGGACCCAUUCACGGUGGACGGGGACGCGAGAAGGAGUUGUGGUCUGCCUACAACCAGGUUAAUCGCAAGUUUUCAGAAGUCGUCGUCCAGUGUUUCAACGAGGGAGACCUGGUUUGGAUACACGGAUUCCAUCUGCUCAUUCUGCCAUCGUACCUCACCAGAAGAAUUUCCAUGGCCAAGAUCGGAAUCUUCUUGCACACGCCCUUUCCAAGCUCGGAAAUCUUUCGAACGCUCUGGUGCCGCGAGGAUCUCCUUAGGGGCAUGCUCAAUGCCGACCAGGUCGGAUUUCAUUUGUUCGAGUACGCCCGCCAUUUCCUCACCUGCUGCCGCCGUCUGCUGGGCCUCAACUACGGAAUGAUCCCCGACGCCUCGGGGAACGGCGGAUACACACUGGCCAUCGAUACCAACGGAAGACACGUUGCCGUGACCAGCAUCCACGCAGGAAUCGAACCCCCCGUCCUCAACCAGAUCCUUCGGCACGACCGCGUGGCGCGAGAGGCCGCCAUGAUUCGUGCCCGCCACCCAGGAAAGACGAUUUUCUGCUCCAUCGAUCGACUGGAGAGCCUGAAGGGAAUCCCACUGAAGUUGCUGGCAAUCGAACUAUUUCUCAAGCGGUGCCCCGAAUGGAUUGGCAAGAUCGUCUUGAUCCAGGUCGGCAUCACGGCUUGGGAACGUGGGGACGACUACGUCAAAACCCGCAACGAGGUCACGGACCAGGUCCAGCGGAUCAACAAAAUGUGGCCGGGCACCAUACAGUUCCAGGAAACACCCGAUUGGAGGAUGAGGUUGCAGCAGCGCAUGGCGCUGAUGAAGGGCUCGGACGUUUGCCUCGUGACGCCGAUUCGAGACGGUCUCAAUCUCAUCCCCCUCGAGUUUACCAUUGCCCACCAGGAGGCUCUCAAUCCGGCUGUUCGACAGGCCGACGGGGGACGCCGCAGGGGACUGGUGGUCCUGAGUGAGUUUGCCUCGUGCACCCGUGUGAUGCGCGGAGCCCUUCACGUGAACCCCUGGAAAAUCUCCGAGAUUGCCCAGGCCUUUCAGCAGGCACUGACCAUGACGGAGGAGGAACGCCUCAGGCGGGUCACGUGCGCGAGCGAAUUCGUGACCCGGGUGACCACCCAGCGGUGGGCACUGGCUGUCAUGCUGGACCUCAAGGGUGUCCACAAGAGCGUGAAUCCGGUCCAGUAUUCCGGAGCCGGCUUGGGUCUAGGAUUUCGCUUGCUGGGCAUGGACGUUGGCUUUGAGUCGCUAAACUUCAAGGCCGUUGCAAAGGGCUACAAAAUGGCCAGCAACCGCCUGAUUCUUUUCGAUUAUGGAGGAACCAUCACGUCAAAUGAAAACCUGGACAACUUGUCGCGGUUCCGAAUGGUCAAAACCCGCAGCCACCAUUCCGAACCAACAGCAGAGAUGAUCCAAACCAUUCAGGACCUGUGCAGCGACAAGAAAAACACGGUUUUCGUCGUGAGUGGAAAAGAACGACACUCACUCAUCAAGACGCUCGGCCACAUCCCCAAUCUUGGGCUUGCGGCUGAGCACGGAAUGUACAUUUCCUGGCCGGAAGUAGAUAGCGGCAACUCCAGCGGUGGAGGUGGAAUGUUCUCCUCCCAUGGUGGACGCCUAGGGACUCCCCCUCGCGGCCCGAAGAAAAACCGUCACCGCAAUAAGCGGCACUGGGAAACGCUGGUUCCCAUUUCGGAUCGAACCUGGAGGUCCCUUACCAUGAGCAUCAUGGAAGUUUAUGCCAGUCGCACGCACGGAUCCUACAUCGAAGAGACGGAAAUGAAGGUUCUGUGGCAGUACCGCGACGCCGAUCUGGAGUUUGGAUACCUCCAGGCCCGCGAGCUCGAGGAUCACUUGUCCAAUGUUCUCCGAAGCUACCCCGUAGAUAUUUUGCACGGUGGAGUCGAAGAGGGAGGAUACGUCGAGGUGAGGCCCAAGGGAGUCAACAAGGGUGUCUUUGCAAUGAAGGCCAUUUGCAACUUUCACAAGCUCACGGCCAAGCCCGAUGGCCAGGUUGAUUUUGCUCUGGUCCUGGGAGACGAUCACUGCGACGAGCCCAUGCUGUCGGUGAUGCGGCAGAUCGGCCACCGGGCCCGUGGAGGCCGGGCCUCGGAUCUGCCCAAAACCAUGCGCCUCGUCGAUGUUUCGGUCUGUGAUCCGAACAUUUCGAGCGAUGCGGAAAUCUUCACCUGUACUGUCGGGAAGAAACCUAGCGCGGCCGCCAACUACCUGCAGGAUGUUUCCGAGGUCGAGGAACUCCUGCAGGCCCUGGUCAAGGUCUCCAAGAACCCGAACGCCUCGAAGAGCAUGCUCGAUCUGAUGAUGGAGGCGCCUCUCAUGGAUCCUACCCCCAUGGCGUACACGGGUGGAACCGUGGCGGGUAGCCUGGGCGAGUUUUUGGGCGGGAUCGACGACGACGGCGUGGAAGAGGACAUGUUCUUUUAGUGAUACACCUUUUUGUGUACACGUAGCACUUUUGCAAGACGAGACGAGACGAGCAAGUAGUACGACACAUACAAUAAAUCUAUAGUUGAAAAUUACCAUUAAUGAUUAUGCCAAAUACUACGUAUACUCGAUUCGCUUCCGAAAAUGAAUCAUGCUGAUUCUGGGGGGAUUUCGCUUCUGCAGCAAAAGAAAAUGUGAUUCCCUCUGGGUCUGCUUGUUCUUCCCUCCGCCACUUUUGAACGAUCUCUCCUGGUUGGUGUGAUCUAUCACGGCAACGUCUCUAAUGCUCUUUAGUUUUUGCAAUACAGUAGCACUCUAGGUACGUACUAAACCAGCAGAAAAGGUGCUGGCCAGGACAAAGAUGAAAGGAAAACCGUGAGAGCAAUUUUUUAUAUCAUGAAUCAUACCGGUAUAAUAACAACCAGCCGAAUUAGCUCAGUUGGCAGAGCGCACGACUCUUAAUCGUGUGGUCGAGGGUUCGAUCCCCUCAUUCGGUGUGGUCUCUUAUAGUGAAGUGGUUAUCACUCUUGACUUUGAAUCAAGCAUCCGGCGUUCGAAUCGCCGUAAGAGAACAUUUUGCUUGUUGUUUAUUUUGAAUAAAACAAAUAAAUGGACAGUGGAUGAGUAUCCUAACAUAGUACCAUGGCUACUUCAAUUUGUUUUCUUCCAUUUUUCCCAAACAAAAAGAGGAACUUCUUAAUCAUUCCCCUUUAAUUUCUAAAAAAAAAAUCUUAAUAUUAUUUUUAACCUCGUGAGCUAGAAGAGGCACUAUAUGGCCAGAACCACAGCUUUCGUUAGAAAGAAUGCUCCUAGCUGCUCCGAGGGGCGGCACUUCCCUCCGAGGAGUGUUAGUGGAAGUGCGACCAGGGGUUKGUUUCACWGGAAUUAAAAGUAUUGACUGAGCUUGGUUUGAAGUAAACUGGAAGAAUUGACAGGAGGAGCCAAAGACGUCUCUGGCGCGACAAUUCCCCUUUAAUUUCUAUUUAUAACAAUGAAGGGGAGAUUAACUACUACUAUUGAUGAUAGUAGUGGUGGUGAUAAGAGUAGUACUUUCUUUGCAUGAACACUGUCACCCUGACUGCCCCGCCCCAUACUACUACUCUCCCCCACAGCCACAACCUCAUCUUGUUGAUUCAUCCUAUCUUUACAAAUCUAUUUCUGUUUCUGCUGCUACUAGUAGUACUACUAAUAAAAAUAAUGAUAUGUCCAGCACCAAUGCUUGUAGUAUACACAAUGUUACAACAAGAAACAUAUGGCCACAAAAGCAAACCUACUACUAGUACUAUCAUGAUCCGCUGCCAGAUCAUGAUAGAUUUAAUGUUAGUAAUGAGAAACAUACUACUAUUAGAGAACAACAUGACCCAACUAAUAUUUGUCUUGUUUGAAAAAGGAAGACAAAAGUGGUAUUUUGUAUCAUGGUGAAAAUAAUCUCUUAUUUGCAGAGGAGAGCGUGCCUAGUGCACAUAAAACAUAGUAGUAGUGUGAUACUACUACUGCAAGUGCUGAUGCAAACUGAAUUAAAAUGAAUACUGUACACACAAAAAUCUUGAUAUUUCUCCUUGUUGUUUUUGUCAUCUUUCAAAUCAUUUUAGGGAAACCAUUUUUAUAAAUAAAAAGCUUCUUCAAAAUGAAAUGGAAGGCCCUGACAAGACCAGCAGCUGCUGACAUACACAGUUGUUGAACCACCACCAGCAUUGAUAUUCCUUCUGUUGUUACAGCUACUAGUACUACUGUAGUUUUUCCAUGGCAGUUAUUAGGAUAUCAUCAGCAGCAUAAAAGUUUCAUGCAUUCCAAGUUCACAGAAAGAAGAUGAUCUGAUCUGAUCUGAUCUCCUCUCUCUUCUUCUUGUAGUAAUUCAGCAUUCUUAUUUCAUUCUCAACUUAAACUGCUCCUCAUCAGUAGUCAUGCUUGCUGGUGGUACUAAUAACUCAACAUGCCGCACUCUCACUAGCCUAUAGUAGUACAAAGUAGUAUCAGCAUCCUCUUCUUGACUUGCUUUAUUUGAUUCUGAAAAGCUGGAAUCCCAGCUGAUAGUAAUGAGUUUUAAUGAACAGUUUUCCUCUAGGUAGAAAUACUGUACUACUAUAUAUUCUCUCCUGUGUCUGAAGCUCUUCACAGAUCUCAAGAACAAGAUCUGCUGAUUGAUCCUUAAAACCUCACCAGACUCUUCCGGCAUUACUUCUUACUCUUUUGCAGAUGAUGUUGGUCGUUCUAGGAGUCACUUACUAGAGUACUGGAUGGGGCUAUCAUCAUGUCUGCUACAAAUUUGAAUGAUGGCUACUACUAGAAUAAAAGGAUACUAAGAAAACCUACUACUUGCACUCAGUAGACCCAUAAUUACUGGCUGAUAGUGAUCCUACAUUUUGAGGGGUUAUCUCUUCCAAUCAUUUGUGGGUUCUAAAUUCUUGUUGGAGUUCUACUACUGUUUAAUUUCUCUGCCACUGUUGCUGCCUGUUAGACAAAAUGAGGAUGGCAGUGGUACUAGAAAGCAAAGCAAGAAGAAGUGAUAAAAUCAUAAAACUGCAAUGGCCACAAUGAUAUCUACUACUGCAAAAAUAUUACCCAAUUCUUCACAUUACUACUACUGUUAGUAUGAGUACUACUACAAGGUACAAAUAUUUUAGGGAAUUAAUUACUGAACAAGAGUGCUUUGACCAAUUCUUGGUGAUUCAUUUACAGAAUAUGUUGUACCAAUCAAAAUAUGAAAAACAAUGGUACUAGUGGUAAUGGUAGAUUACCUAGUGUUGUGAGCGCUCAACAUACCUAGUGUUGGGAGCGCUCAACAUAGGAACACAGCAUUUGAGUCAAGUGUUUGCAUUUGACUAACACUCAAAACGCACAAACAUUUACAACCCAACAUUCCUAAUGUUAAUCACACUAUUUGAGAGUAUGCCUAAUAAAUACUAUUCUUGUCUCUUCUCAUUGGCAAACAUGCCUGUGUUAUUUUAUGAAGUUAAGUAAUGAUAUUCCUUGAGAAAUAGUACCACGAGCAGUAUACUCAAAAUACCAGUAUUAGUAGAUACUAUGCUGCCAAAGAAUGACUCACUUUGCAGUCUUUGUGAUUCUAACAAAAAACUUUGUGUCAGCAAUGUCAUAUCUCAGGCAUCUCUUCCAAGGCUUAUUGCUGGCCCUAAAUCCAAAAUAUCUAAUGACAACAGCUCUACUCUUUCCAACCAAAAGACAGCUGUGGACUGGUUGAAGCUCAACCCAAAAUUUGAAGCCAUCUUUUGCCUUCUCAAGCCAGUUAAAAAGAAGUCACAUUGUUGGAAUUUUUACCAUUAAGUCCAAGGAUUGAAAAAUGAUGUUGAUAUAUCAGAUUUCCCUACUAGAAACUGGAAACCUAAAGCUUCUGGGAACACAGCACUUGUGUGUUGGAACAUGCAUGGCAGUGUGAUCAGGAUGGGGAUCUGGUGGAAUGGUAAUGGAAUGAUUUCAAAACAAUCUUAUGCAAGCAUGACCCACCACUUCAAUUCAAAAGUACAUGACAAGAAGGGCAUUGAUGUCUUAAGAAUGGAAGAAUUGGAUGCUGCCCAGGCCCAAGAUGAAAGCAAAAAAUGAAAGGUCAUCCAGACUUCACUAAGUCAAUUUGCAACAGCAAAAAGCAUCCAAGGCAACUGCUAAGGAGAUGCAGAAAUAUCAAGAUCUUGUGACUGUGAAGUUUCUGUGUAGCAACUUUCUUCCACUCAGUACUGUUGAAACAAAACCUUUUUGUGAUCUAAUUCAGUUCCAUAACCAUAAUGGAAAACCAAUGAACCAAAAGAAGGUUCAACCAAUGAUAUCUCGCAAUGAAUAUUGAAUGCUUGGAAUAAUGGUUGAAGAACUGAAAGGACAGGCUACUAUCUCAGUUGCCCUUGAUCAUUGGACAUCUAAAGCAAACCAGAACUAUACUGGUGCCACAGCUCAUUUCAUUGAUGAGCAUUGGGCUAUGAGUUCCUUUGAGACUGUUGGUUUCUUUAUGCAUGAAGAAGGAGCAACAGGCAAAAAUUUGAGUGAUGAUUUUGAGAAAAUGAUACUGGAGAAGGUCAAGUUGGAAGGUACUUAUUUAACAGCAGUAACAACUGACACCGCUGCAAAUAUGAACCAUGUUGGGAUUGUGCUGGAGGACAAGGGUACUCACCAUAUUUAUUGUGCUGACAUGAAAUGCAGCCCAUAUAUUUGCAAGCAGGCUUGUACCAAAGACCAAAAGAAAACAUUUGGUGUUCGCCAUGCUGAGAGCUACAAAAAAGCAAAAGCACACAUUCACCACUUCAAUUAUUCCACCCAAGCCACAGAAAUGCUCACGAGGGCUCAGGAAUUAGAGGUUAAAACCUACAAAGGAAAGAAAACCUGUUGGUGUUGUUGAUGAUGUUGUGACAAUAUGGUGGUCAAUGAAUGAUGCAUUUCACCCUCUCAUUUCUCUUAGAAAAGCAAUAGAAGCAAUGCAAUCAGUGUCAAAAAUGGAAAAAGUGAAGAAAUUUAUAGGUGAUGAUUGGAAACGUCUGAAUGAUAUUAUGCUUUUGUUGGAGCCAUUCAAAAUAGCCCAGAAAGCCCUAGAGGGAGACAAGUAUGUCAGUGCAAGUGUGUUGUGUGGAGCAGUGAAAAAAUCAAGAGACACUUAUAAUGUGAACAACGUGGUGAUACUAGUAGUGGAGGAAAACUUGCUAUCAUGGAACAACAAGUUGACAAAGAAGGAGAUACUGGUCUUGAUACUGGUGUUGAUGAUGCUGACAUGAAAAUGUUUUAGCUGAUGGAGGGAGAAGAGGCAAAAGCUGAAGAGGAUAAUUGCCAUCAAUUUAACAAUGGUGCAGAAGUCAAUAUUGAUCAUGCUUGUAAACCUGAACUUGAGCUUUACAUAUGUUCUGAGCGCUUGGCCUUAGUCAAGAAAAUUGGAAGUAAGACAGUUUAGAAUGAUCCACUCCAGGGUUGGAAAAAGCACCAUGUAAGUUAUCCAAUUCUUACAAGGCUGGCCAAGAUCUAUCUUCGUGCAACCCACUUCAGCCCCAUCUGAGUGUGUCUUCAGUCAAGCUUCCAGACUCCUCUCAGCAAGGGGCUCCUACUUGGAUCUAGAGUAUGUGGGAAAAACAUACUUUGUAUCUAAACACUGGGAGUGGUUUGAGAAACAGGUUAAUUUGACAGAGAUUGAGAUGGCUGAAGCAGAUAGUGAGGAUGCUCAUGAUGAGCAAAGAUCCAAAAGGAGGAACAAAGACUUUAUUUGCCAAGGGUUAAGAAGUUGUUUUAUGGUGUCAAAUCAUGCAUGUGUGUCUUAGAUUGGAUAGUGCACAUCCUAGUAGUAGUUCUUGGUAAGAAAUAAGCAGGGUUUAGCUUUUUUCACACUAACACUUUUCCAAUGUUUUAGCUUACUUUUUGGUUAGGAAUAUUUCUAGGAACAUAUCACGUAAUGGUUUAUACAAAAGAUUACUUUACCCAACACUUAGGUCAGCACCAGUAGGAGUAGUACUAAGAAAAUUUGCACUACUAGUGGUAACAGACACUUACACCAGCAUCAAAUCAAAAUUCUUGUCUGUAAUGAUGAUGGAAGGUUGUUGCAUAGUACUCCUACUGAAAUCAUUUAGUAGUAACUUUCUCUCAUCUACUACUACUAGUUGAUUGGAUUAUAUAAUCUGUCAUCAUCAAUACCAAAUUGAAGAAGAUUUGUUUGUCCUAUCAUCACUGUUACAUCAAUCUAUUCUAGUGAUAUCAAUAUGCUUCCUCUUUGCAACAUUUAUACUACUUUUACUAAGACUACACCACCAUAUUAUUUCCACAAUGUCAUGUCAUACUAGUAGUACUACUACUUGUCAGUAGCAACUGAAAAGUGUGAUGACUAUUACUGGUGGCAAUUUAAAGCCACCAAGUUCACCAAACAAGCAAGAACAUGCCAUCAUAAUGCUCCUUCUUGCUUGCCACAGUAUCAACUGUCACCACUCUUUGUCCAUCAUGAAGAAGCUCCCCCCCCCUCCUCCUACUAGUACAAUACUGACAGUACUACUAGUAUAAUCUAUAAUACUAAUACAACAACAGCUGGUGGUAGUAGUAUUGUUGAUGUCCAAAAAAUGUUGAAGCAGCAGUGUGAUUUGAUAGAUGUAUGUUUUUAUCAAUUGGAGGAGAACCAGGUAAUCUGGCAACUCCUCAUUGAUUAGCACACUACUAGUAGAUACCACAUUCAUCUCAUCAUCUACCACAGGACUUUUGCUAUUCCUCAAGUCAUAACAAGAGGCACCAAGUAAUAGCACCAAAUCAAAACCAAAUUUCUUUCAUACUGCUGCUACUGGUGGUUGCAUCAUAUUUAGAAUUGGUAUCUCUGUACUGCUAGUAUUACUAUAACCAGUGCUACUAUUGGCUACCACUAUCAAUAUUAUUUUAGUAUUGGCUUGGGAAACUACCUCAUUAAUGUAUGAAAAAAUUCUCACUACAUGCCAGCCAGCAGAUAAUCAUUUUAUUGUUGCACUCUUCACAGAUUCUUGCAUACAUACAUCCAGAAGUGAACUAGUCAGGUCUUGGUUCUUAGGCAAUGAUGAACAAAAUCAUAGAAACCUUGCAGAGCACGCCAUUCCUCUAUUGGGAGUUACAAAAGUCUAAUAGUAACUUCUCAAACCCAUCCAAAGCAGCGAGGCACUUCGGUCUGACACUCUCUUCGACGGACAUUUAUCCAUGCGGUCUAUCGAUAGCAGGAACAGCACAGCGAUCCGAUUCAUCAUGAUGCUUGUUAACUUGAAGGGCAAACGACGUACGGUACGUGCUGCUUCACCUAUUGAAUUGCUGUCGUUCGUUGCAGGUUGUCGUGCUGGAUGCCUGCCCAAGAUCUUGUCUCCUUCGAUGCUCCGUUCGUUCCCUCCACAUACCCCACUUUCGAUGCGAUACGCUCCGCUCCCCUGUGAUGUGCUGCGCUGCGAUGCCCACUGUGUUUGCGAACCGAGGGAACAAGAGGCAACUUUGCGAGACGUCGUUUCCUCUUUUCAUCGCCUACGCUGUCAUUCCAUUAGGACGAUUCUGCGUUUCUGGCAUUUUCAUUUCCUCGUUUCAUUCCCUCCCUUCCUCGGUCUCUCACGCCCCUGCAUCUCUGCACGUCUACGCAUGCGUCUGUAUUGAAGUGUUCUUCGGGCAUGUUUCGACAGCGUGGCGGCGGCAUGUGAUGGGCUCACUUGCUGUACCGGUAUGUUAUGGCAUGGUACUUCAUUCUAGUUCGAAGCAGCUCUCUGACCGAUGGAAACGGAUACUACGAGUACCGGUACGGCAUUUCACCAGAUUCAGCAGAAUAUUGACACUACUUUGAAUACGGUAUUGUAUAGUAAAUGUACGGAGGAUGU